AUGACUACCACUGUCGCCUCGAGUGUUCAGACAGCAGCGAUUGCUGCAUCAACAACAGCAAAUGCGGCCACCACAAGCACUACGGCAACGGCUACGACCACUACUGUCGCCCUUGUCACUGUAUUUACUGCACCGUCCUCUUGCUCGUCCAGUUGGACUUACGAAGCUUCCACCUACAAUGGCAUUUCCAGCGGUCUUCUAUUGCAGAAUGCUAUUUCCGAAGAUAUAGACGGAACUUGUUUCCCACCUGGCUUUGAUCAGAGUGGACGUGUCUUCGAGGACCAGAUCUUCAGCCCCGGCGCCUGUCCCGACCACUAUACCACCCACACACCACUUCAAGUGAGCGGCGCGAUCACUACCGCCGCCUGUUGUUUAAAGAAUUUCACGUUUUAUACUUCGUCUGACUACCAAGGCUGUUUGAGCACCUUCACCGGAUCAACCAGUGUGGCCGCACGAGCAGGAGGCUUCGGUUCCUCGGACUACACCACCAGCACCACGAUCUCUGGCACCUAUACAAUGUGGGGGCUUCCGAUCGUCAUCGAAUACCAGUCCAGUGAUUUGAGUCUAUACACGACAGCCACGGCAACAUCAACGACUUCAACGACAUCAACGACAUCAGCGGCUCCCUCUACCCAAUCAUCCUCUUCCAGCAGCGGCCUAUCAACAGGCGCAAAGGCAGGCAUUGCUGUCGGAGCGGUCGUUGGUGCAUUACUGCUCUUGGGCCUGUUUGGCUUCUGGCUGCGUCGCUCGAGAGCAGAGAAACGAAGGCAAAUUACUCCUAUCGCACCCGAGACGACCUCCCAGCCAGCAGAACUAUACCAGGAUCAAGUCUAUGAGGCGCCGGCGAAUGAGAAUGCAGUGCCGAUAGAAGCAGACUCCACGGCGGUCAAACCUGCUCAACCACCUAGUGUUGUUGCCGAGUUGCCAUGA